AUGACAUCAAUUUUUGUUCUCGAUGUUCCUCCAGGUUCAACAUUUGGUAUCGACGGUCAUUCAUGGAUAACAGGUCAUCGUUUUUGUGGGGUUCGUGGUCUCUCAAAUGGUCUUCACUGGGCUUAUUAUAAUAUAUCUGGCGCUAAAAAAGAUGUUGGAAAUAAUAUAGAAAAUACACAGUUAAAAGGACUUGAAAGUUUUUCUCAGGGCUUUUUUUUCUAUGUUGAUUGUUCAGUAUUAAUUUUUCAAUAUAAUCAUUAUAAAGAGAUGAUUUUAGAAACAGAUGUAACAGCUUCGGAGUUAGAUAUAAUUGAACCGUGGUUAAUUCCUUUUCCUGAUGAAAAUGGGAUAUUAAAAGGUUUUGAUGAAGAUCAUAUAGAUAAAACACGAGAUGGAAGGUAUAUAGACGAUGGGCAUUGUUUUUAUCAUUUAAUUGCAUGGGUUACGCGUAAUAUGCUUAAUUGUCUAUUUCCAUCUGGAUGGCAUGUUACAUCGAUUACAUCAUCUAAUUUGGAUGAGGUAUUGUCAGGUUUGCCAGCAAUUGAAACAGAACCUGAAAUAGUGUUUUUGGCAAUUAAUUCGCGACGUACAUGGCGGCCAGGUGCAUUUGGUCGAGAAGUAACGGAGGGUUUUCUUGAUAAGAGUUGGGAAUUGGAACGAAUUCUUCAACAUGUGUGUUUAGGAGAUUCUGGGCGGUUUUUGGGUGAAUUUCAAUUAUGUUUUAUUAUUUUUCUUUUUGUUUCUAAUGGGUCAUGCCUUGAGCAAUGGAUGAGAAUGUUGACCCUUGUUUCUUCGUGUUGUCGGGCUAUUUCUGUUUUUCCUGAUUUUUAUGUGAAUUGGAUAGAUAUACUUAUGAUACAAUUGCUUUAUUGUCCGGAGGAAAUUUAUCAAGAUAUUUUUCAGGAACGUAAUUUUCUUAAAAUAUCUCUUAAGAAUUUACGUCGUAAUCUUUUUGAUGCACAAGUUGGAUCUGCGUCUAUAAGUGCUGUUAAAGAUGCAUUUACACGACUUUCAUCUGCUGUAAAGCAAAAAUUUUGUUUAAAUAUUGAAACACAACCUGAAGUAUCUAUUCGUUCUUCCUUAGUUUACGGAAUUGAAAAUGAUGAAUUGAUUGACACGAGUGAAAGUAAUUCUAUGGCUGAUGAUUCAGAUGAUGAUCCAGUUAUUGUGCUUUUAUGA